AUGAUGCCCAUUCAUUACUAGAGACAGCUCUCCUAGAAAUCAAGAAGAACUCCCAUCUCAACUAACAGUAUAUAAUUAUAUCAUACUCUCAAUUAUAACAUCGCUUAUAUCUAAUAUUUAAAUUAUAUAAUAUAGUAGGAUUAGAUUCACUGUUGCAACAACGAAUGAUCAUAGACCUUGUGUAAAAAGAAUAUAAUUAAUCUCCAGGAAAUAAUGCCCAAAAAUUAUAAAAGCAUAGCAGCUUCACACUCAAACCUAACAGAUUGCCAUCUCUUAAAAUGCAUAAAGAUUAUGGACUUACUGAGGAGGAGAAGGGAACCUAUGGAGACAGGUAAUUAUUAGGAUUUGAAAAGCUAGAACUCUUGGGAAGGUACAUUAGUUAAUUAACUCUAUUUAGGGGAGGAUUUGCAUUAGUAUGGUUGGCAUCAACAGGAAAUCAGAAAGUAGCAUUAAAACAAAUUGCCAAACCACAAUAGAGCAAAGAGGCAAAAUUCAGUUACAUAAAAUCAGAUAACAUUGUUUAGAUAAUGGGGGUGGAACAUUCAAAUAAAGAUACUUGGAUUAUUUAGGAGCUAGGAGGGAAACCAUUGAGCAAAGUGCUCUACACAAUGAAAGGGGAGUUCUACAAAGGAGAAAGAGUUUAUGCAGUAUAUCCAAUCAUAUUUUUAGAUAAGCGAGACUGUUGAAUUGUUAGACAUGUAUGAGCAUCCUUACAAACUCAUUGAACUUAUGCAUGGAAUUCUCAAUGGAAUCUCUUGUAUUAAUGAUAAGCAUGUCACUCAUUUCGAUUUAAAACCAGACAAUAUAUUAGUUGAAAACAAUAUUCCAAAAAUAAUAGAUUUUGGAUCUGCAUUUUCAAAUUAAGACAAUGAUCAAUUUGGAAUGAUUACUCCUGAAUACAUGGCUCCUGAGGCCCUUGACAUCAUGCAUAAUUGGACUAAAUAUUCUAAUCAAUACAAUACUUAAAUCGAAGCCCUUACAAAAAUGCAUGGAACUCCAAAAAUUGAUGUUUGGAGUUAUGGUAUUUUUAUAAACAAAUAAAGGGGCAAUAAUACUUGAUAUUUUGCAUGGUGUACCUAAUUGGCUAUCCUAUAAAGGCAAAAUUAUGAGAUAAGGAAAACCCUAAAUCAAAUAUGGUUUAUUUGCAGUCAAAGGAAGAGAUUUAAGCAAGUAAUUAUACAUUCUAAUACAAUUAGAAUUAUCUAAAAGUAAUAGUAAUUGUAAUUGAAUUCAAUCAUCAGACAGAAUUGUAACUACUUAACUCUGGUAAAAUAAAAUUAACUCUUUGAUUUACUAAAACAAUGUCUAGCCUAUGAUCCAUCUCAAAGAUCAGAAGCUAAAGAUUUACUAAAACACGAUUUUUUUAAUUAAAACUGA